GCUGCCUCCCCGCCGAGGUCCCCGCGCCGCGCUCCGCGCCUCCUCGGACUGCCUGGCGGGUCAGCGCGGGCGCCUGGGCUGGGGCGGCCGCGGUCCGACGUGUCACUGCGGGGGCCCCGCCUCCCCGGGGUGGGGUCUCGGCGGCCAGCUACCGGCGAGGGAGGGACCCCCGGAAGUGCCCCCUCCUCAGGGCGGGAGGGGAGGCGCCGCGGGGCGGGGUCCCCGGCCUCCCCCCGGCCUGGUUGGUGCGUCCCCGGUGACGUCGGAGGCGGCCCGCCCCUGCCGGGAUGGUGCGCCCGGAGUGACGUCAGGAGCCGAGGCCGGAGCUGUCCAUCAGCACCAAAGGCCGCGGGCGGGCUCAGGGCAUGGGGCCGCGGCUCCGGGGCAGCCUGAGCCCCUGCUCCUGCGCCUGUCCCUGCCCCAGGCCCGGCCCGAGCGCCCGGACGCCGCGGGACUGGAGCGCCGGGCGCUGCUGCAGGCGGAGCGGCGCCGUCGCCUCGCGGAGACCGGUCCCUCCGGCCCAGCAGCCCCCCGCCCCGCGCGGGGGACUUUUCUCGGACCCCCGUCAGCUGGGACCUCUGGCGCCCGGCCACCCCCGCCUCUCCGGCCCCUGCCCGGCCUCUUGUCGCUCAAGAGCUCAGGUCGCCUCCAGCCCAGCGCUAUGCCGGGCACUGUGGCCACCCUGCGGUUCCAGCUGCUGCCCCCCGAGCCAGAGGAUGACGCCUUCUGGAGUGCCCCCUGCGAACAGCCUCUGGAGCGCAGGUACCAGGCACUGCCAGCCCUCAUCUGCAUCAUGUGCUGUUUGUUUGGAGUCGUCUACUGCUUCUUCGGUUACCGCUGCUUCAAGGCGGUGCUCUUCCUCACCGGCCUGCUCUUCGGCUCCGUGAUCAUCUUCCUGCUGUGCUACCGGGAGCGGGUGCUGGAGACGCAGCUGAGCGCCGGGGCGAGCGCGGGCAUCGCGCUGGGCAUCGGGCUGCUGUGCGGGCUGGUGGCCAUGCUGGUGCGCAGCGUGGGCCUCUUCCUGGUGGGGCUGCUGCUCGGGCUGCUGCUGGCCGCAGCCGCGCUGCUGGGCUCGGCACCCUACUACCAGCCGGGCUCCGUGUGGGGCCCCCUGGGGCUGCUGCUGGGCGGCGGCCUGCUGUGCGCGCUGCUCACGCUGCGCUGGCCCCGCCCGCUCACCACGCUGGCCACGGCGGUCACCGGCGCCGCGCUCAUCGCCACCGCCGCGGACUACUUUGCCGAGCUGCUGCUGCUGGCGCGCUACGCCGUGGAGCGGCUGCGGGCGGCCCCCGUCCCCCACCUCUGCUGGCGCAGCUGGGCCCUGCUGGCCCUCUGGCCGCUGCUCAGCCUCAUGGGCGUCCUGGUGCAGUGGCGGGUCACCACCGAGCGGGACUCCCACACGGAAGUGGUCAUCAGCCGGCAGCGGCGGCGGGUGCAGCUGAUGCGGAUUCGGCAGCAGGAGGAGCGCAAGGAGAAGCGGCGGAGGAAGAGACCCCCCCGGGCCCCCUCCAGAGGCACCCGGGCUCCUCCGAGGCCGGGCCCCCCGGACCCCGCGUAUCGGCGCAGGCCAGUGCCCAUCAAACGCUUCAAUGGCGACGUCCUCUCCCCGAGCUACAUCCAGAGCUUCCGGGACCGGCAGACAGGCAGUUCCCUGAGCUCCUUCAUGGCCUCGCCCACAGAGGCGGACUACGAGUACGGGUCCCGGGGGCCGCUGACCGCGUGCUCGGGGCCGCCAGUCCGGGUAUAGCAGGCCUGGACCUCGGGGACACCAGCGCUGCCAGCUUGGGAAGGACUGCCGGGUCCCACGGUCCCUGGCUGUCCCUCUCCCUGCCCUGGUGCGGGCGGCUGGGCCACGGGGAGGGAGGACCUGCCGGGCAAGCCCCCUCCCCUGCGCCUGGAGUGUGUGUGUGUGGGGGUGGGGUGAGCUCAGGGUUAUGACUGUGUCACCUGUGUGCGCGUGUGCAUGAGGAGGGCGUCUUGGAGGGGCCAGGGGGACCCUUGCCUUAGGUUGCUAACGGGUAGGGCUUCUCCGAGGCUGGCCCCCCUCCUCUUGCACUGCUGGGGACCCCCAGGGCCCCCGCUUCUGCAUGGAAAGGCUCUGCCUUCCUCCCCCCAUCGCUCGGCCUCUCCACCAGACCCAUCGUAUCCCGGGGACAAUGGCCGCGGCCCUCGCCCCCUGGUCCCCUGGCCUCCGCAAAGCCACCCACCUGCAGGCAGCGGCAGGGGUGGAGGGGGGGACGGGAGGGGUGUGGUGGCUUCAGCUCUAGGCUGGGUUGGGGCAGGGGGCGGGUGCUGGCGGGAGCUCAAGUGCACGUGCAUGUUGGGUGUCCGUCCCGCAGGCCUGGACACCUCAUGCUUCUGUCUCCUUCCCCUCCCCCCCCCCGGGUCUGUUUUACAUCUUUUAUAAAUGUGCCAAACUGUG